UUUCGCUGGCCACUUCGUCUUCACCCUUAGCAUUUAGUCUACGCUGGCCGAAGCCUUUUUCUUUCACAUGGCGCUACACGACGCCCUUGGACUGUUCGCGAGACGAGCGCGCCGUGUCAGCGCGAAGGUGGUAGGUGACGUCCGUCAAUGUUGUUGCAUCCGUUUCGUUUCGUUCCUUUUCGUCUCCCUAGUCUAUUUCCCUAUUCGUACUCGCUUUCGUCCCUUCCCACAUCCCUUCCGCACAAGACGAAGCAGACACUGUGCUUCGUCUUCGGACUAGGGGAUGACAUCAUCAAUGUGCGGCGUGAACUUGAAUGUCGCACGCGACGCGCUGCCAGGCUGUCGUGUGCGGGCAACUACUUGUACUUACCUUAGUCCCUCAUCUCGAGCACCUCUACGCACACUCGCAUCUCCUCUCCGAUGACCCCAGUAAACUACUAUAUUUUUCUUACUUUCUUUCGUCUCAUCUCUUGCCUGCUGUCCCAUCUGU